CUCGAGUCUUUUCGAUUUGUCAAUAGUCUCUUUCUACGUUUGUCUCCCUUUUCUUUAGGUAUUUCUCAGUUGCUUAACUGCACAUAGUAUCAAUGGAGGAAGAGCUUCAUGUUUUAGCAGUAGAUGACAAUCUAAUUGACCGUAAACUUGUAGAGAGAAUCCUUAAGAUAUCUUCUUGCAAAGUAACAACAGCAGAAAAUGGGAUUAGAGCAUUGGAGUACUUAGGCUUGGGCGAUCCACAACAGACUGAUUCAUCGAGUACCAACAAUGUUAUGAAGGUGAAUCUUAUCAUCACUGAUUACUGCAUGCCAGGGAUGACAGGUUUUGAGCUGCUCAAGAUAGUAAAGCAGGAAUCUUCGAAUCUAAAGGAAGUACCUGUUGUGAUAUUGUCAUCAGAGAACAUUCCUACUCGCGUCAACAAAUGUUUAGCCAGUGGGGCUCAGAUGUUUAUGCAGAAGCCAUUGAAACUAUCAGAUGUAGAGAAACUCAAGUGUCAACUCUUAAACUGCUGAAGCUGAAGAUCUGCUCUCAUAGAAUAAUUUUUUAAAGAUUGUAUUCCUAAAUGACAAAGAUCAUCUUGGUCAUCUCAAAUACACUAGUUCUGCUAUUUAUAGAUUUGUGAAAAAACCCAAUAAGGAUCUCUCUCUCAGAUAAACUAAUU